AUGGACUUGGCCAAUGAGAGUCCCUCACAAGACCUCAUCCUUCUGGGCAUCUCAGACGAGCCCUGGCUGGAGCUGCCCCUCUUUGUGGUCUUUCUGGUCUCCUAUAUCCUGACCAUCCUAGGCAAUGUGACCAUCAUCUUGCUGUGUCGUCUGGACCCCCGGCUCCACACCCCCAUAUACUUCUUCCUCACCAACCUCUCCCUCCUGGACCUCUGUUAUACCAACAACACCAUCCCUCAGAUGAUUGCCAACCUUCACACCACACGCAGAACCAUCAGCUAUGCUGCCUGUGUGGCUCAGGUCUUCAUCUUUCUGGCCUUGGGCUGCACUGACUGUCUCUGUCCCCCACGGUGUCUUAGUGAGGUGAGUGAAGGCAAUAUCAACACAAGGAGACAGAUUUCCUUCCAGAAAAACAGCGACAAGCUCAUUCCGUUAGGUCUUGAUGCCCCGCAAACAAUGAAUUGUCAGCUACACACGGCUUAUCAGCCUCCCUCACAGACACUGACAAAUCCUCAGUCGCUGGAAUUUCUCUUUGGAUUUGUAGGCUAG